AUGAAGAUCAUCAGCUCUCACGCUUUUAAGUUCCUCACGUCGAACAUCCACCCUCCACUCCCUCGAACUCCACAAGAGUCCCGGCAGCUCUUGUCCGUGUUAACGUCGUCAUUCCGUCGCCAACUCGAUCGCGAGCAUCCUCCCGUACAGCCAUCAGAACCACAAACACCUGCUAGAUCUGCCAGCGGUGGCCGGAGAUCUGGCAGUUCUGUCAAUGCAGAUCAGCAUAUGAGCUCGAUAUUGAACCAUCCGCUCUUCAGUACCGUUCCUCAUCAGCAACCUGCCCGGAAGCGGGGUAUCGAAGCUCGUGGCCAAAUUGAUACAAAUUCAGCAACUGAAGAUAUCGUUAGCACCCUAGACCGUGCUAUCGCUUCUGGCACUGCUGAUACCAAUGUCCUACAUGAUUGUCUCUGUCGACACCGGCUCCGACUAGAAGGCCUAGCCCAUGGCGUGAUGCGUCGCGAAAUGAGAGAUUCGACCCUUGGUUCUCGGAUCACCUCAUGGCUUUCGUCUGCAAAUAAGCAAUCACGAGCCGAUUUUUUCCGGAACCAGCUGACCAUCCGCUUUGCAAUGCCAUAUAUGGUCAAUGAACGCUACAGGUCGGAGGUGGUGAAGUGGCUUGAAGAAAUCCGUCAAGAGAACCCAUGCACUUCUCAGUCAACGGCGCAGUUCGAGAAAUUGCCUCAGUUUACCGUGCUCUACGAGUAUGUGUAUGCUGAGAGCAAGUAUGGAGAUGGCAUUGUUCCAGCUCUACGUCUUUUCACAGAAUGUUGCCACCUUCCCACACUGGAAAACACCGAUGAUACGCUUCCAUCUUAUAUGUUAUUCGUUGCGUCUCGGAUAGCACAAUGGAUAUGUCGCCUUCCUGAAACAAAAGCGAAGGCAAUUCCUAUAGAGUUAUACGAUGCCUUCACGCUGUUAUUUGAAGGGGAACCGUUUAUUGAAUCGAGGAAGUUUUUUUGGAAGGCCAUGCUUGCGCUUCAUCAUCCUAUUCACCCUAAUCCCGAACUCGCUCUCCAGCAUGCAGAGAUGCUCUCUCGCGACAACAUACCAAAACGCCGCAAUCUUUCCUUAUUCAUACGAAUGUAUCUUGAAGCCACGCAACUUUGUAUUCAACAAGAAGAAUAUGUCAGGGCAUCCUGGCUAAUGUCUAUCACAAAGGACCUUUUACCAGCCCAAGAAUCGCCUCACCCCAAAACAUCCAGCGCGGGAACACGAGAGCACCACCUAGGUUCCACCCUCGGCGAUACAUCCAACGGCUUACUUCCAACUUGA